GCGGAGUUCGGCGCGGGUGGCUUGGAAAAAAUGGCGGCAUUCUCGUUUGAAGAAAGCUUUCUGUCGGCGGUAACAUUCUCUGACAAUCUAGAGCCCGGUAACGAGGAAGGGCCGAGUGCAGAGGACCUGCCUAUGGUGUUCCUGUGCACCGGAUGUAAACGGCCUGUAGGAGACACGCUCAGCUGGGAGACUAACGACGAGGAAACCAACUGCAUCCUCCUCAAGAGUGUUACACUCAAUGUCUCAAUAGACAAAGAGCAAAAACUCUCAAAACGGGCAGAUGAAACUGGCUGCAUUCUUGAAACCUUGUUUUGCUCUGGCUGCAGCAUGAAACUUGGAAACAUUUAUAGGUGUACCCCAAAACAUCUUGACUAUAAACGAGAUUUAUUUUGCUUAAACAUAGACUCCCUAGAAAGUUAUACCCUAGGGUCAUCAGAACAAAAAGCUAACAUUGAUGAGGAACCUCUCACACUUGAAAGUCGAGCUAAUUUAGAAGAAUCAUUAGGAAAGGCAAAAACAGUACUGAAAGCAUUAGAACAACGAUUAUCUGCAAUGGAAUCAAGUUUUGCAACUCUUCACAAUAUUGGCUGAAAAAUAUUUCUGACAUUAAUAUUUAUAAUAUUAAUAAAACCUUUGUAUUUACUGUUGCAAAAUUGUUGGAUUACUGCAAGAGCCUAGUUGCAAAUUAUAAAAGUCUACUCAGUCUUUGGAUUAAGAUACAGACACUUUAGAAACAAAAACAAAAUCUCCUGGAGCUGAAUAAAUUUCUAGGAAAUCUUCUAAAUACACCCACAUGGGUCCUUUUACAAUAUUUUUGACCUAAACAUUCUAAAUAAUUGAAAUUCCAAUAAACUUGUCAGUAUAUUUGUCCUCUGUUUUGUGUACUACAUACACUUUCUUACUUUGAUUGGCAGCUUAGAUUGGAAUAUAGUUAAUCCACUUUUUGUGGAAAAGAUUAUUGCUUUGGAUUUCUAAUGGUUUUCAGGAUAUUACAGUUGAAUCUUUUAUUUAUUGUAGCAGCCAUUUAAUUGUCUGGUGGUUUAAGAUAUUGAUACAGUAUGUGUAAUAUACUGGCAGGGGCUAUAUACAUAUAUAUUUCUUAAUUUGUGUUGUUCUGGUGAUUUUUUCUACUGUACUUUAAAAUAUUCAAGAAUAAAUAACUGUUCUAGAAAAUUCAAACUAAUAUGGCAAAAAUAACCAAAAAUAAAACAUAGAAAUAAAUU